AUGAUGAUGAUAAAAAAAAAAGAAUUAUUAGAUUUUGAAAAUGUGAAUAAUGAUUUAAAAUCUGAAUUAUUAAAUUAUUGUAAUUUAUUAAAAGAAGUAGAUAUGAAUAAUCUUUUGAAAGAUCAUGAAUUAGGAAAUGAAGAAGAUAUAUUUAAUAACUUAACAAAAUUGUUAGAGGAAUAUAAAGAAGAAAAUGAUAAUGUUCUUUAUCAUAAAAUGAAAAAUGAAGCAUUGUGUUUAAAAAAUGUAAAUGACUGGAUGAAAAAUAAAACAGGAUUAGUAUUACCACAAUUAACAUAUGAUUUAACAGAUGAAAACAAUGAUUUUACAGAGGUCACACAAAAUAAAAAUUAUACUUCUGAAAAUAUUGUAGAUAAAUUAUAUUGUAAUAAUGAAUAUUGUAAUAGAUUAAAAGAUCAUAAUAAUUGUGUAUCCAAAAUAAAUGUAGAAGAUCAAAAGAAUUGUGCCUUAUCAUGGGCUUUUGCAUCUAAAUAUCAUUUAGAAACUAUUAAAUGUAUGAAAGGAUACGAACCUGUAAAUACAUCUGCUUUAUAUGUUGCAAACUGUGUAUUCUUACAAACAGUUGAAGAAAAGGGAUUCUUACCAACAGAAUUAAAUUAUCCAUAUGAUCAAUCUAAAGUUGGAGAUGUAUGUCCAGAAGUACAAAAUGACUGGGAUAAUGCAUUUGAAAAUGCUAAAGUAUUAGAUUAUAACAAUGAACCAUUUUCUUUAGGCACCAAAGGAUAUACUGCAUAUGAAAGUGAACAUUUUGAGGAUAAUAUGGAUUUAUUUAUAGAUAUGGUAAAGAGGGAAGUACAAAAUAAAGGUUCAGUUAUUGCUUAUGUAAAAGCUGAAAAUGUCUUAGGAUAUGAAUUAAAACGGAAAGAAGGUUCAAAAUUUAUGUGGUGA